CAGAGCUGCAUCAUGAACGCGUAGGCCUCGGCGAGUGCAGCCACCUGCGAAAUAUAUCGAAGGUGGUCGCUAACCUCAAAUAAAAUUCUUUAUAAGAUUUGCUCAAAGUAAAUUCAUGCUCAGGACAACCAUGGCGAAUUUGCGGAAAUUCAUAGAUAUUGGGGCCAAUUUAACAGAUCCUAUGUACCAGGGUAUAUACAAUGGAUCUCAAAAACACGAGCCUGAUUUACAUAGAGUUUUGGAUAGAAGUUGGUCCAAUAACAUUUCCAAAAUCAUAAUAACAGCUGGCAAUAUUGAACAAAGCAAAAAAGCUUUAGAAUUAGCUAAAACUGAUGAUAGGCUUUUUUCAACUGUUGGUUGCCACCCAACAAGAUGCAGUGAAUUCGAAGAAUCUGGAGACCCAGAAUCAUAUUUAAAAUCAUUGACUGAUCUUGCAUCAGAAAAUAAAGAUAAAAUAGUUGCAAUCGGCGAAAUGGGAUUAGAUUACGACCGAUUACAAUUUUGUCCCAAAGACACUCAGAAAAAGUACUUUGAAAUGCAACUGAGUAUGUGUUCAACAUUGAAUUUGCCAAUGUUUUUACACUGUAGAAAUGCUUCUGAAGAUUUUGUACAAAUUUUAAGAAAGCACAAAAGUAAACUCACCAAUGGUGUUGUACAUUCUUUCGAUGGAAAUCCGGAAGAUGCCAAUUCGAUAUUACAAUUGGGGCUUUCUAUUGGAAUCAAUGGAUGUUCCUUGAAAACAGAAGAUAAUCUUUUUGCGGUGACUACAAUCCCCUCGGAUAGACUGAUGAUUGAAACUGAUUGUCCAUGGUGUGAAGUGAGACCCACACAUGCAGCAGCUCAACACAUUAUUACUAGUUUUCCCUCAGUGAAGAAAGAAAAAUGGCAACCGGACCACUUGGUGAAGGGUCGUAACGAACCUUGCAACAUUGUACAAAUUCUGGAAAUAUUAGCCCGUGUUAGGGACGAGGAAGAAGAGUAUCUGUGCAACCAGAUAUAUAAAAAUACAAUGAAACUGUUCUUUCCUCACGAGUUAUAACUUUCUUAUCAACUAUUAUUUAUUUUAUAAGCAUCAAUGUAUCACACACCAUACUUUAAUAUUAGACACAUAAACUACGUCUUUUUGCAUUGAACAUUACUUGAGCUUUCGAAACAAUUCAUGGCAGAGUUGUAAGUGUGAAAGCAAGCACGUGUAAUCUGCUAAGCGGUAGAAAUGAUCAUACAAUACAUUUGAAGCCAAAUUUCAGUUAGGUAUCCUUAUAGAAUUUCUACGCCUCGCAUUCAUACUGCUGUAACUUAUAAUCCACUUUAAAUUAAAGAAACAAUAAACUCAAGUAAUACCAACGAGACAAUAUUUGUCAUCUUUACUGAAACCGUUCACCACUUGAAAGUUCCUAUCAUUUAUGCCUAGCGCUUGAUCGAUGGUACGCUUCAAUAAUUCUCUCAAUUUACUUAAAGUACGUUCGC